UUGCUUAUUUAGUAAAACGGGUUAUGGAAGUUAUGCGCACGUGUUACUUCUGGGACAUUCAGAUUGGAGUUCCACAGAACUUGUUUACCUGAAAGGUGCUUCUUUGGAAGUGGUGAAAUCUGCAGGCAGCGUCAUAUUCUAAUUUACAGGAAGGCUUUAAGAGCUCCCAUGCCAAGCAAACGUCAGUCAGCCAAGCAGCAGUCAAGCAGUCGAUUCCAUCAAUCCUGAAGUUGUCUGGCGAAGAGAAGCCCUCUGCAUCCGGUCUGCGUUUCCUCCUCUCUUCAAUCAGCCACCAUGUUCAUAAACGAAGAGCUUGAGUGUGUCGUGUGCUGCUACAAGUACUCGCGCAGCGACCGGGUCCCGCGGGUCCUCCACUGCAGCCACACCUUCUGUGCCGUGUGCCUGGAGAAAAUGUCCAGACAGGAUGGGGGCAUCCGCUUUGUCUCCUGCCCUCUGUGCCGCUGGAUUACCUGCACCCGAGCCAGCCUGACCCUGCCCGGGGCCCUGUGGGUCAACACGGACAUCUGGGAUCAGAUUACAGAGGAGCAGCAGUGGAGGAAGCAAGAUGAUGUGGAGGAUUUAGACAUCAAAAAGACAACACUCCCUGAUUCAAGACACUCUGGUUUCAUGUCUAAACUCCAAAAAAUGUUCAGCUGUGGGCUGCUGUGAGAGGGUCCCCCACCUACAGUUUAACAGCAAAAAAAAAGGGCAGCGGCAUCUCCCUUUCGCACCAAGUUUAACAAGACGGACCAAUGUAGCAGCGCGUCUGCAGCGCAGGACUCCGAGCCGUCGGCAGUACCACAGUUACCUUAUUAAUGGACAGACAUCUCAGACGUCAAUGAUGAGAGCCUCAAGGUGAACUCUGAAGUGGUUUUAAAAGGACUGCACUGACUGGAAGUUUUUGAUCUGUUAAUUUAAGUAUAGUUAUUGUGAAAUAUCAACAAAACAAUAUUCAAUCAAUCCUGAUUUGUUUCCCAAAGCUGAAUUCUAUACCCAGCUAAAGUGUUUAAGUGUGAAGGACUUUCUGAUUCAGAGGAUAUUUAUGUUUGUAAUUUACUGGUAUAAGGGAUGCUAUGUAAAGUGUGUAUGUGUUUAUAACAAUGAGCCUUUUACGUAACUAAUAUUGAUGUUGUACAUUAAUGUAGGGCUCUGCCAUUUAAAAUGGAAAGACCAGUGUUUUUGGUAGAACAAUUUUUAAAACUGUGAUAAAGAACCUUGACUGUUAAUUUUAAUAGGAUGUUUUUAACAACCUAUAGUGUAAUGUAUACCAUUAAUAUUUUGAAUAUAUGAAGUGAUGUGUGACUUUUGGAAC